CCAGGGAGGACCGAUGAUGACAUGUUUUGAAGUGACGUUUGUUUACAAGUUGUCCACCUAUAUGACGUCUAGUCUGUAGAUUAGCAGGGAUCACGUCAACGCCUUGAAACGCUGUCGCAGCAAGGGAAAAACGCUGAGGAGCAAGUUUGGCUUAUUGCAAGAAUGACACAAAUUAAAGUUAUAACCAGCAUGAACUAGUAAUUGAUAAAAGAAUGGAGGAUUCUCUUCUUGACGUAGUUGAAGGGGAAGUUGAGAUUAUACGGAGUGCCUACAGUGAAGAGUUUACUGACCUAAGAGAGCAAGAUGUUUGGAAAGUACCUCGUCCUCCUGAAGUUAGUUUGAAACUAGGCCCUCAUCAUUCUCAAGGUGGCACUCUACAUUCUCAUGUCCAUGUAGUGCUUAGGAUAAAAACAAAUGAAAAAUAUCCAUGGGAAGCACCAGAAAUUAUAUUAGAAUCCAACUCUGGCCUUGCUCACAAAGAAGUCAGUGAGUUGGAAUUCAAGCUGAAAAAUAUCGCUGAAAACUUUGCCCAAGAUGGAAUGGUAGUUAUGUUAGAGCUUUGUCAGUGCACUCAGAGUUUUCUUAGUGAGCAUGCGAGACCUUACUCUGAUAGCAUAUAUGAUGAAAUGAUGGCUGGUAAAGCAGCCCGAAAGCAAGCUAAUGAGGAAGCAAAGCAGAAGAGUCGUCGCCAGAGAGAGCAGCAAGAAGAGGAGCAAAGAACUGUGAAUCAGGAGGAAGUUGCAAGGGUUAAAGAGGAAUUAAAAGAAGCUGAACGUCAAAGGAGAGAACGAACUCGAAUGAUGCUGAAAGACAUAUGUCAAGAGAAACCUUCAGGUGCUGAAACAUGUGACUCUCCAAGUCAUAGACGGAUGAAGAAUCGCACAGUUUCUGAGUGCAGCUCUGACGGGGGCUCUGGAGAACCCUUGGGCAGCAUGUGUUUGAAAUUUCCCAUCGGAGGAAAGCAGGAACGUGCCGUGACCAUAAUUGGUUGCAUAGCUGAGAGACAGAAUCAGGGUUGUAGUAUUUUAGAGACUUUUGAAAAGUCAACAGGAGAGCAUGGUGUUGUGUAUCACUGGGAAGUGAAGCUCAAACGAAUAGGCCGUAAAGGAAAUCUUUCCAGAAUUGGUCAAGAAACCCAAUUGGAGGAUUUGACUAAUAAAUUUAGUGUUUUAGAAAAAGAAAUGACAUCUAUUUUGAAGCUCUCUCAUGCUAAUUUGAUCCAUUAUUGGGGAAUGAAAGUGAAUGUUCGACAAAAUGAAGGUCUUAGUGUUAGUGUUUUACAGGAAUAUUUACAUGGAACUUCCAUGAGUUACUAUGUUCAAUGUCGUAUACCAGUGAGUGGUAAUAUCCUGAAACAUAUUACAAAAGGAACCCUGGAAGCCCUGAAUUAUCUUCACAUGAAUAAUGUUGUACAUCGAGAUCUCAGGGAUUCAAGUAUUUAUCUUGAUAACCAGUCUCGUCUAGUCAGAGUUGCAGAUUAUGGUGCAGAGCGAAAAAUUGUUGAAGCAGUAAUGGAAUUCAACGAAUCUUUAAAAGUCCCAGCCAGUUAUCCUAUAUCCCCUGGAAGAGGAGGCAAGAAAGGGGAUAUUUAUAGAUUAGGACUUGUCAUCCUUUCCUUGUUCCUUGGUGAUAGGGUCCAAGUGAUUGUGCCUUCUUUACCACCUGAUUUGAAUGUGGAUUUGAAGGACUUUCUCCAGCAUUGUCUCGAAGUAAGUGAUCAAGACAGAUGGACAACUGAGCGUCUCCUUACUCACACAUUUGUCAAUGAGUUUUCAGAUAAGACUGAAAAUACUCAAAAGGAUGAGAACUCUAGAGAGGGCUGUCAAGACAGGUAUGAUUCACAAGGAGAUGACGACCUCUCAUCUGGAGAGGGUGGAGAGCUCUCAAGGGAAAUGCCCUUUGAUCUUCCUCCAAAUCUAAAAGGAUUUUCAAGACUUCGCGAAGAGUAUGUUUGUCUGGAGUGGCUGGGGAAAGGAGGAUUUGGUCAUGUAUAUAAGGUUCGAAAUAUAGUUGAUGAGAGGGAAUAUGCUCUGAAAAGGAUUCCUCUUCAUCAGCAAAAGGAUGUUGUUAGAAGGAAGAUCAUCAAGGAAGUUAAGCUUUUGUCAUCAUUAAACCAUGAAAAUGUUGUUCGCUAUUACACAUCAUGGAUUGAAAAAUUUGUACAGGAUGAAAAUGGGGAAAAUACUGAAGUGGAUGGGAUCUCUGUUAUUGCUAAAGAUACUUCACCAACAGACACAGAAAACACAAGCAAUUCGCAAGUUACGCCAAGCACAGACAAGUUUUCUUCUGAUUCAAAAAGUGACCAAAAAGGAUACGUUCGAAAUAUAGUUGAUGAGAGGGAAUAUGCUCUGAAAAGGAUUCCUCUUCAUCAGCAAAAGGAUGUUGUUAGAAGGAAGAUCAUCAAGGAAGUUAAGCUUUUGUCAUCAUUAAACAAACAUGAAAAUGUUGUUCGCUAUUACACAUCCAUUGGAUUGAAAAAGUUUGUACAGGCUAAAGAUGAGGAUGAAGUAACUAUUCUAGAAGAACAGCCUCAGGUGUCACAAUCUCAAGUGGUUGACGAUGAUAAUACACCUAUUAUUCAAGAUGAAAAUGGGGAAAAUACUGAAGUGGAUGGGAUCUCUGUUAUUGCUAAAGAUACUUCACCAACAGACACAGAAAACACAAGCAAUUCGCAAGUUACGCCAAGCACAGACAAGUUUUCUUCUGAUUCAAAAAGUGACCAAAAAGGUAAUAAUGAAGAUUCAGACUGGAGUAUUUUAUUUGAAGGCAGCACUACCAAUCCCAAUUUUCCCGCUACAGUUGUUGAUGAUGAUGAAAGUGAUGAGGAUGAAGAAGACUGGCUGAUUAGCAGUUUAGCGCCAAUGAUGAAGGAUGAUGAGAGCUCUGAAGAUGUGGAGUUUUAUGACUCUCAGAAUCCAGAGAUAGAAGUAGAUGGUUUAGAUCGUCCUGAUGGUCCUGAAUUAAUAGCCUUGUCUCAGUGUCAGAAAAAAGUACAGUACCUGUACAUUCAAAUGCAGCUUUGUGAGAAACAUACACUUCGGCAGGCUAUUGAUAAUGGGUUAUACCUGGAUGUAGAUCGCAUGUGGCGGCUUUUUCGUGAAAUGGUGAACGGUCUAGACUACAUCCAUGCCCAGGGUCUUAUUCACCGAGAUCUUAAACCAGGAAAUAUUUUUCUUGACUCCUGUGAUCACAUCAAGAUUGGAGACUUUGGAUUAGCCACGGCUGCUAUCAAAGCCAAAAAAACAAUAGACAAAAUCCCAAUGGCAGAUACUGAGGAGAACAAGGAUAGUGUGUUAACAGGUCAAGUUGGAACUACCUUUUACAUUGCACCAGAAGUUACUGAAGCCAAAGGAAAAGUGAGCUAUACAAAUAAAGUUGAUAUCUAUAGCCUUGGCAUUAUUUUCUUUGAGAUGGUUUAUCCUCCCCUCAAAACUGGAAUGGAAAGGGUUAAAGUUUUAUCUGAUCUAAGAAUGAAGGAGAUACAUUUCCCUCCAGAUCUAAAGGAAAAAGAAAAUUUUCCAUGUCGUCAGCUUGUUCGUUUACUUCUCAACCAUGAUCCUCACUCAAGGCCAACUACAACAGGCAUUCUUAAAUCUUCUCUUCUGCCACCUCCAACAGCCGAGGAGCAGAAAUUUAUGGAAACUCUGGAGAGUAAGUUGCACAAUACCAGAUCAUCAAGCUAUCAGGAAAUCCUAACCUUGGUAUUCAAACCCUCUGCUCGGCCUGAACUGGAAGCUACUUUUGAAUGCAGACAUCCAAUAUCAUCUGAUUAUUCCACCUACUGGAAACAAGAUUACCUUCAUUCUCUUAUCAAUGCUGUGUUUAAAGCUCAUGGUGGUAUCUGGAUCCCCACGUCCUUUUACAUACCAAAAGGUUCAUUUUAUGAGGACAAAGAUAAUUUGGUGUGCCUAAUGUCUCGUAGAGGAGAGCUGAUUUCAGCCCAGUAUGAACUACGAUAUCCAUUUGCCCGAUUUGUUGCCCGCAACGAGAUCAAGUACAUGAGAAGAUACUGCAUAGAUCGUGUUCAGCGUGCUUACAAAGUUUGUGGUGUUCAUCCUAAGGAAUGUUAUGAGUGUGCUUUUGACAUUAUAUCAUCAAAAAGGGAGGCCUCAGAAUCUGCAGCAAGAGUGAUGCUAGUAACGCAUGAUCUGAUACAACAAAUAAUUCAAGAACGUACACAGGAUAUCAAGAUUAGUGUAGGACACAUGGGACUAGUACAUGUUAUUCUAAAGCACUGUGGAAUUGAUGAAUCCCUUCACAAUAAACUUAUUAUACUCCUGAAGGAAUGGAAUGGAAAACGGAUGACUUUUGAAAGUCUUGGGGAAUGGUUGCGGGACCUUGGGGUUGCUCGAUCAUCUGCAGAAAGUCUAAAAGGAUUUCUGGUUUUAGAUGGACCUGUGGAGGAAGUCAUAAAGUCUUUUAAAGACAAAGGGCUGACAUCUCGCCAUAGGAGUUUAAUACCACUUGUAAAACAAAUUAUAUCUGAAAUUGAAGAUAUUACAGAAACUGCUUUCACAUUAGGAGUAAAAUAUUGUGUUCAACUUAAACCUAUGAUGGUGGCAGAUGUUCAUCUGUAUUGUGGAUUUAUGUGCCAAUUUUUGAUGGAUGUUCGGAAGAAGAAUAACAUCGUUCAGGAAUUGUUAGCACAAGGAGGAGGUUAUGAACAACUAAUCCAGAAACAUGGCAGCAUUUGGCAUCAGCUUUUCUGGAUAAGUUUGUUGGUUGUGUAUGUGAAUCAGUCAACCUUACAAUAUAGUGGACUAAGUGUUGAGAGAAAUAAAAUUGUGUGCUUUACUAAACAAAUUAGUGCAAAGGGCAACCAUGAAGUUUAUAGGAGCAUUUUAAACCAGACUACAGAAGAAGCAGAGAGUUUUGUAGAGAAUCGGGGUAUUCCUAAUUGGUUCAUGCUGAUGGGUGGUGACAAAAGCAACACAAGAAGUGACUCCAAAAAUACUGGUGUGAAUAGCCCAGAAGACAUUCAGCUCAAUAUAACAUUCAUAACAAAUACUUCAAAAAAACAGAGCAAAGGUCGUGACCCCCCCAAAGAAGAGAUGAACAUAAUACACCGUGAUGUUAUGUCUGCUGUAACUAAUCGUUGGCCAAAUUUAGGACCAAGCACAACUUUGGAAGUCUGGGCUGUAGACCUUGAUAAAAGGGCUCUUUUGGCUUUUGGAAUGCUGGAUACAGAUAGCAGCUCCAAAAACUUCAAGGACUCUGUGAAAGAUCUCAAAUUGCAAUUUCAAGAUCAAAAAGAUUACAUUGAAGAGAUAAGUAAUCAAUUACACAGGAAGAUUUUUCCAAGAAAAAAGUCGGAACGAUGUCUUCCAAUCAUACUUUAUAGCACUAUUUCUUCUGGUACUUUUAAGAGAGUUAUAUAACUCUAAUUGUGAUAUUAGAUUAAUUUAAUAAAUGGUGAUGUUACUGUUAUUAAAAUUUUUGCCAGCUAAGUAUUGGUGCAAUAUAUGACAGUGAGGGCUUAUUAUUUUUCAUUUUUAUAAUUUUUUUUCUGUAAAACAGUAUUAAUAUUUAGAUUAUUGAUCAAGUUACUGGUUCCUGUAAACUUUAUUUUUGUAUCCCAGAAACCGUAUUUUACAGUGCAAUUUAGUUGCAACUUUGUACGUACGAGAAUUACAAAAGUGAAUAUGUUUAAGGCAGUGCAAAUAUCAGUAGUACUUCUUCAUGGCAAUUUACUAUCAUUUUGGAAUUCUCAACCACAAAAAAUUCUAGUUUGUAGAGUCAGGGUGACUGUUGUUAUUCAGUUUUACUGAUUAAUGUUAAAAAAGACAUUUUAAAUAUGUAUAAAAAAUUAAUGUUUCAAAGAUAGUGAGGAGUGUAGGAAUUAAUUUAAUUACAAUUAGAAUGAACAUUUGAUUAUUGUUACUUGUCCUUUACUAUGCAGCAGAUUAAAGAUAGUAUCAUAAAUCACAGUGUAAUUCUGCAACCUGAUAGCAUAGGCAAGUAAUAUUUGUAAAAUCACUGCCUAUUUAUUUCAACUGAACUUUCUGGGAAUAAUUUUCAUCAAAGCAGCUCCUAUAAUUUUUAUGUUCUGCAAAAAAUAGCAUGUCCCUAUGAUUAAUUAUUAUUAUUAACAUUAUCAUUAUUGGUAAGUACAUAUAUAUGUUAUUUAGCGGGAGGUUUAGACAACAGAGGCACUGUGUUAAGUAAUUUAACCAAAUAUGGCAUUUACUCAAAUAUGACAGUGAUUAAUGUAAGUCUUGCUGGAGUUUUAAGUAGGUUGAUAGCCACUCUUUAAACAGUGAUUGAUAUAAAUUCUCUCUCUCUGCUGCAGUUGCCAUUGGUAACAGUGAAUUUACCCUGCUAAGUCUGGCAUUUGAUCUUAUAUAAAAUUGAUUGAUAUAGAUUCUCUCUCUCUCUUUCUCUCUGAUUACAGUUUCUCUUAGUAAUAGUGAACUUAACUCAGUAAACUUGGCAUGUACUCUGAUAUGAUGAAUUUUUAUGUCAGUUAAACCAGGAUAGAUUUAAGCUUCAGUUUCAUGUUGUAUUUACAUAACAGCACAUUGGAAGGGGGUUACAUCAGCAGAAGUUUUUUGAUAUGUUAUAGUAGUAUCUGUUUCAGGUCAUUUUUAUAUACUGUAGUACAGUAUUGUAGGGUGGUAGUAUUAACAUACAGUCAUGUUUUUAUUUGUAAAGCUUGAUUUUUUUAACAUAUUUAUAUUAUUUGUGUACCUGGUGCAAUUUUUCUUUAUUUGUCAAAUCUGAGUUCAAAUUUGUAUAAGUUAGCACUGCCUGGGUUGAGAGCUGAACAUAUAUAUGUUGUAUGCUAUAAUUCUAAUUUGCUGAAUCAAAUUUAGAAAAAUAUAAUCCUUAGUUCUGAUCUCUUGAAUUUUCAUCUUCUGAGAUCUGUAACCAUGUCAAUUUCACACUUUCUUGUGAGUGUUGCUUUGCAUGAUCAGUAAAUGAUUUCAGUAUUUUUUCUUAUAAAAAGUUUUUUAAGUUUGCCUUGCUUUUUCUUUGCAUCACAUCCCCCAAUAUCUUGUUGGAUCAUUGUUCUGUAGAGUCGAGAAACUUCAUCUAACCUCUAAGAAUGUUAUGUGACAGCUGUCAGGCAAAAUCCUCCUAUGGACACUGUUGAGGUUAACUAUUCUUGGAUUGCAUAAUUUCUUUUAUCCCCAUCUAGCAUAGGAAAGAAUACACAUCAACAGAGGAAAAAAUGUCUUGUUACUUUUGUUCUUUUCAUAAUUUUUAUAGAUUUUAAUUUUCUUUAGAUGUUACAGAUGAUUCCAUCAGAGGAAAAUAAAAUUAGCUUGAGAUAAUUAAGGAACAGACAAAUUAAGAGGAUUAUUGGAAUUAUAAGUUUAGGAGAAAAAAGAACCACCUAAUGAGGGGCCAGUGUAUUCAGCCUGAGUGGACCAAAAAGAAAUAGGUACAAUGAUUUUGAUUAUAAAUAUUAUUCAAUUAGCAUUUGUAUUAAUGGAUUUAUUGUUUAGGCAUUAUUGUUUUUGUUUAAUGAAGUUCAUAUGCCUUUCAGGGCUGGGAAGAAUAGUUUGCUUGUGGUAAAUUCAGUAUGUAUUAUCAGCUGGUUAAGGAGAAGUUGUAAUUAAGUAUAAAUGUUAGUACAGUGUCUGAAUACUCUAGAAUCAAAGCAAAAAGAAGUUUAAAGCAAAGGCUGGGAGUAAUUGACAACGAAGUAAGGUAAAAGCGGCUAACAGCAUACACACACUUAGAAAACAUCAACUGUUCCACACAGAAAACAUUAACUGUCCAGUGGGAAUAUCCAAGAAGCUUUUUUUUAAUUUAAUAAUUUUUUGCUAAAAAUAAAAAAUAAUUUGUCUGUUGUAAUACUCACGCAUAGAAAACCACCUUUUCUAUUUGCUUUUUACCUUUCUCUCCAGUGAUUGGUAAUUCUCAGUUUUUCUGUUAUGUGUCAUUUUAUCUGAGAGGUCUUAAGAUGUUAAAUUCUGUUUUAUAUUUUGUUUUACAGUAUUCUCAUUUUAUUGACAUUUAGAGCCAUAUACAUGCACAGUAUUCUUACCAAUGUAUGGUAUCAGUACUGGUACUAUUCAUCUGUGGCGAAGACAUUUGUUUUUGCAAAUGUUAAUGUUUUUUGUGUUAAGAGAUACUCAUAUGUGAAGUCAGAUAAGGUGCUGCUUUCGUUUUCCAUCUUUUCUUAUAAUUGUCUUAUCAUUCUAGUGCACAUAUUCAUUUCAGUGUCAUUAUAUAUGAAAUGUUUGUUUUCUGUAGUUUUGAUACUGGUCUCGUGAAUAUGUACAUAGGAGUUAUGGAUGGAGGUCAGCUCACUGCUAUUAAUUGUAUAGAAAUGAGCAAAGGUUAUGCUUUUUGGAAUGUUAUAUUCAAAUAUAAUUGUUUUAUAUCAGGAUUUCCAAUGGAAAUGUACUCAACCAUGACAUUGUUUUAAAAAGAUGAAAACAUGAUAAUUACAGUGAAACUUAUUUUAAAAAGUAUGCUAGAAUUAAAUGACUAACAGGAUCGUAAGUAAUUCCCAGACACCAGGACAAAUGUUAAUUUUGCCCUGCAGCAUUAGACUGUUUGGCAGAGAUAUACAUUAAUUCAUAACUAAUGAUUAUAAUAGUUAGAGUUAGGUAAGAGAUCUGAUUUGGUUGUUAUAUACUUAAAUUUCAAUAGUUCCCCAGUAACUGAAAUUCAAGAAAUUUCUGUAAUUAGCUUUCCACAUAAUGGACUAAAAACCAGUAACUUGAUUUUUUCUCUUGUAAUUAAUUUAUCAGAAGGUUGUCAUGUUAAAGCUGUUGUGUAAUGUACUUAAAUACCUAAUUUUUAUAUAAGUAACUUACCAAAUAAUUACACAGCUAUUAGUUUCUACUUUACGGCAGCUCAAAAAUGUGAAAACUACGGCAGUGCUCUUUUGUUUUGGGUGUAGGUAACUAGCCCACCUACUUUUGGGGAUUGAAUAGGUACCACAUAGCUGAGCUCAAUUCAUUUCUGCCUGUCAAUGACUGAACAUUGGUCGUUGAGCAGCUCUGAAUUUUUGUUCACUAGAUGAUUGUGAUUUUCACUGCCUUUGAUGACAUAUUUUGUUCUUUUGGUGUGCUAAUUACAUAGCUUCGGUCAUUAUGUAUUUUGACUUAUUUACUGACUGUGACCUUAUGACUUUGAUCAGACUCUAGUUUAUCUAGUGUCAGGUUAUGCAGCAUUGGCUGCAAACAAGACUGACUUCAGCUAAAUAUGAUAAUCACACUAUGUGUUUUAUGUGUAGAAGGCAGAUUUGCUAUUUGCUUUUCUCUUGUGACAAGUGCAAAGACUGGGACCAGGGAAAGUGGCAGGUUUUUUGUGCUCAUUUAGAAAAACUUCAGCGUGACAGGAGGAGAAAGGUGACUGCUAGAGUAGAGGCCAGGGCUUCUUCUAGUAAGGUUAGUUUGCCUAAUGUUGAUGUAAAUUUACCAGUCCCUUAUACACCUACUACCUUUUCCCCUUUUCCCUUAUAACUAGUUCCUUGUUGGAAGAGUGGUUUAUUUGCUCACUUACCGAUUUGGUAGUCACGAGUUUGAUUCCCAACUCUGCCAAUGUGGAAUCAAAGGAAUUUGUUUCUGGUGAUUAGAAAUUAAUUUCUUGAUAUAAAGUAGUUCGGAUCCUACAAUAAGCUGUAGGUCCUGUUUGCUAGGUAACCAACUG